UACGAGGAAAGUGUGUAGCGGGACGUUUGGAUAACAUAACAUAACAGCACUUUUGGCUGGCAAAUAACACAACAACAGGACAGAGGACGUGGGGAUCCUGUUCUGACACUAGGUCAUGAGCAUCAUGGACGCUACUGGGGAUGCAAGCAUGUGCACUACACCAUUGGUCUUCUUAACGUUCCUACAAGAAACGGGCUGUCGAAACCAAGAGCUGAAACAAGAACUGUUGGACUUGGAAACAGAGUGGAAAUGCCUCCAAGAUGUAAACAGCAACGGUGUACCCUCCGCGUUUACCGAUGAGGAUGAUGAAGGCGAGCUCCAAACAGACGGCCAUUCCCCAAUUCCAUGUCUUCGAGCGCUUGUACAGGACCGUCCCCAAGUGCGCGUUCCUCCACCAGUGGUUCCACUGUAUGACCCAGCUGUUAGGGAUGUGGCCCGAGAAUUGGUGCAUAUUGCAGACCAACUAGAAGACAGCGUGAUGGCCCGCACCACAGACAACCUCCUCAGAUCACUCCAGAAAACAAACUACCUGCAAUGGGGACAUCAUCUGUCACACGCGGUCGACCAGGUCCACGGAGCUCUGCAGCACAGUGGCAGCUUGGACAGCCUGCCCCAGGAGAGGGUGCUUCUGGCCCUCUCCCUCUCACUCAUCAAGGGGGUGUGUGAGCGCACCCCAAGUCUCCUGCGGGACCUCUUCCACAUCUGGCGGGAGCAACACUUCAGAUGACACACACGCACACACACACCUCACCAAAAACAUUUACAAUAUUCUCAGGUAGAAGAACAGGGGCCUAAACUACAAAGCUGAGGACUACAGGCUCUUCAAUUAGAUGAUUUACCUCUUAACUUAACCUGGUUUACUCCUGAACCAGCUUUGUAGUAUAGGCCCCUGAAGAACAUGGAAAUGUCUGUGUCAGAAGCAUGGCAGUGAAUUAUUAACUCUUGAUGCCAGUGGCACUUAAGUGUGUCAUUUCAGAUCCUAGGCAUAGAAUUCAAUUUCCUGUGGGUGUUGAAACAACACCCAAAAUGCUGAAAAUGCUCAGGCACUGCUGGGUUGUGUGAUUCGAAAAUGUCUGGCAUCCAAAAGAGUUAAGCAUAUGCUUUAUGGGAUGAUUAAAAUGACACAUAAGCAUUUAUGAUCAGGAUUUUUUAAAGGCUGGUUUACGUUAUAGCUACAUCACCUCUGUCCCUGAAAAGACAAAGUGCAAGUAGCAACUUGGACAUUGACACUUGAAGCUUCCAAAGGUUGACACUGCCCAGGUUUAAUAAAUAGUGAUGCAUUUAUGCAGAAGACACGAGAGUACACACACAAGCGAAGUUUAUCAAAAUAUGUAGCAAGUGUCUUUGUUUAUGCUUAUGAGCUGUCAACAUAAGCCGGAGACCUCUGUAGUGGGUGUUCAUUGCUUAUCAGCAGGUAAGCAAACAUGUAGCGUAGCCGCUUUAAGAAAGCCGUGUUCACUGGAAGACUUGGAUGUGUGCCACAAGAUAAGAGAGACGUCAGCUAGGGCAGUGACGGCAGCAGCCUAGUUGGAAGUGAGUCAUUGUAUGAAUUUUGUUUUUGUGUGGUGACUGACACCCAGCAUACUCUUCCCUCUUUCAAAAAAGGAGGAGAUGCUGUGUAAUUAAUGUAAAAAUGUUUGAUGUUUGAGUGACCAUCUUCUGUUUAUCUUGACUCACUGCCUGUGACUCCUCUAUUUACUCAAACUUGUAAUUCAAAGGGACAUGCUAGAACAUUUUAUCUGUCCUUCUCAUGCUUGAAAAUAUUUUGUUUACACAACAAAAAAAUGAAUUUGUUUUACAAAUUAUAUUUUUGUACAUUUAUUUUUUCAACGUUGUAUUUUCAAAACCACUGGCAGAUAUUAACUCAGUGUAACUGAGAAAAGCUUAAAAAAAAAAAAAAAAAGUUCAAAGAACUAGUGAGUGCAUUUUUAGCACACUUUUAGGAUGUGAAACCACUCAGAUAUGACAAAUGGGCCUACCAGCCCGCACAGAUGCCUUAAGCGAUGCACUCCCAUUUUUUUACAAUUACUUUUUGGUUUCAAAUCACUUUCAUACAUUGGAAAUAUGUAUUGUACAUUCAAACUUUAAUUCGUCUGAAAACAACAAUGUGAAAAAAAAAAUGAAAAAAAAGCUUAACCGCAGCCACGGCUGACUUCUGUUUGUACAGGAAACAAGAUUUCACACCUUAAAUGGUUUCCUUAUUGAGAAAUGCCACUUUCAUUUUCUGUUGAGCCCCUUAACCAAAAAAGAACUGUCAAUAGUUCUAAGUAUGUAUGUGUGAAUUGUUUCAUUCCUGUCUUUUUUUCUCAAUUCAAUAAAUUAGUUUAUUAAA